AUGGGAAAACCCACAGGCACAGGCCAGGGAAAAUCAGGAAAAUCAGGCAUGCCUUGUUUUGCAGUAAAUACCAAGCUUGGUACAGCUAUGAUAGACAGAAUUGGAGGUCAGACAAAGGUUAACAAUAUGCUGUCCACCCUCAUCUUACCAACAUUGUCCAAUAACAAGCUGAAAAAAAUGGAAGGCAGGGCAGGAGAAGCUGUCGAGUGUUUGGCAUCUAAAUCAACUUCAACAGCUGCUCAUAAUGCUUUCAGUAUUGAAGAAAAGCAGGAAGAUAUUGAUGUAGAGAGGAUACCUGAAUACAGUGAUGCUGUUCCACUUGGUGACUUUAAACCCAUACCACCUCUAUCAGACCAAAUAACAAUGAUUGCACUUGAUUUAGAGACUACAGACCUAAUUGACAUCAAUUGUGCUUUGGACCGUCUUGUACAGUGGCUUGAUAAAUACAAUAAUGUUAUUGUGACUGCCCACAAUGGUAGAAGCUUUGGAUCGGAGCUUACAAGACACGCCAGUGCUUUAAGUGGGAAAUAUAAAAGUUUGCAAGCAAUGGCUUCAUAUAGCCCUAAACUGUUAGAAAAGAAAUACAAUAACUGGGUUAAAGCUCAGUUAGCUGUGUUGUUUACUAAAGAAGGAGUUGAACCUUUUGUUUGUAAUGAAAUGCAACAAUUUCAAUUGAAAUGUCUGCAUGAAAUAUGCUACUUAAAUGGAUUAUUUAGUGGGACUUGUUGUUCAAGUUGCUGCACGGAAAAUGUUGUCCAUUGCCGUACUGACAAAAUUUGUAAAGUUAUCCAUGGGAAAUGUACGUAUCAUCGAAAUAUUGCAACACGGUACAAUUCUUCUGGCUGUCCUAAUAAGAUAUGCCAUAACUUCAAAACUGAAAUACAGAAUGCACAUAGGUACAACGGUCCGUCGUACAAAAACAGUGAUGCUACCCAGUGGUGCAGUAAUUUCUGGGAAGUAGCAAAGUGCUUCAUGCCUCCAGAUGGAUACAAAGAAAAGGCAUCUGCAUCAGAAACAGACUUCAAUGGUAUAAUCAGCGUUAUCCUUAAUCACAAAGAGUUCCAGCGGAAAGUACAUGAAAACCUCAAUAAUAAGAUAAAUAUAUUUGAAGAGGCGAGAGUAAUUGGAAGAAAUGUGCGACAUUCAUCAAAACUUGAAGUAGAAGAUUCAGAUCUCCAGAAUUACUUUCAAUUAUUACAGAAACUACUUUCUGACCCCGUGUAUUUAGGUACAAACACGCAUGCGCAGAAUGCUAAGCAGAAACUUAUACAGUUAGAAAAUGACACUCUUGUCAUUGGUAAAGAUGAUAUAAGAAAAGUACUAGACGAUGUGGCAAUAGUAAUUCAAUACAAGAUAAAGGCUGGAUUAGAUGAUCAAUAUGACAAAAUAAAACUAGAAAUGAUUAGAAAAGAACAAGAAGAUCUUCUAUCUCUUGAGUCUAAAACUGCCGAGGGUAUGACACAGAUACAAAAUAAAACUGAUGUUUUAGUAAAAAAUUUAAAUGAACUAGGAGAGACGUUACAAAAAGAACUGAAGACAGCAAGUAAAGCCGAGAAAGAAGAACAGUAUAUUGAUUCUAAACAACAAGUUAAAGAUGGUCUCUUUGAAUUCUACAAAACAAGACACAGUAAAAUAUUCCUGUCGCCUCUUUUUGAAGAGAAAGACACUCCGUUAGCUUCUUUCUAUAUCAGACCGGAACUGAGCUCAAUAGUCUCAACAUCGACGAGAAAUGAUGAAAAAAUACCAGUUGAAUCAUUAUCGGAGUUGUUCAAAACUAAAAAUAUAGAAAAUCGAGAAAUAUAUGUACUCGCUGAUGCUGGACUCGGAAAAACUGCAUUUUCAAAGUAUCUGGCUAACGUGUGGUGUCAAGCUCAUUGCCCGGAUGAAGACUUAAAUGAACUUUUGUUAAAGGAUGAUGUAGACUGUAUGCAAGAAUUUGAUUUCUUAUUCCUAGUCUUAUUGCGAGAUUCGGACGAUUUGUGCUCUAUAGAUGAGCUCAUAUUUGAAAAGAUUAUUUCAAAUUUGGGUCUUGAAGAAACGCUUUCCAAAGAUAUCCUGCUUAAAAUUUUGAAGAAUGAGAAAUGCCUAAUUAUACUUGAUGGACUGGAUGAAUGGACUCACCCCGACAAGAAAUGUUACAGAUCGCCCCGAUCGAUUCCCCACAGGAAUGACCAAAAAAUGUGUACAUUACUGACAACCAUGCGACCAUGGAAAUUGGGUGUUUUGGAUCUCAAUUCAUGUCAAAUAGGAAAAAAGGUAGAAAUUACACAAUUAAGUAACGACUCGGCCGUCACACUUAUACGAAGGAUAUUACAAAGAUUGAAAUCUCUUCAGAAUAAGGAUUUAUUAGACAGUGACGUCAGACAGUUCAUACAAACAAUUAAUAGGAGACGAAACGCCCAGCUUGCUUUUGUGCCUCUUCUUUUAAUAUAUACUAUUUGUUUAUGGUGUGAGGGUGUUCAAAAAGGAGAUUCAAAAUGUGAUCUGUAUAUGAAUAUAGUCGAGCUUCUUUUAUCGAGAACCAUUCAGAUCCACGGGGAGCUUCAACAAUCGUGGGAACGUUCUUCCAGUGACAUCCCAGAAUGCUUUGCUGAAUAUGACAACUGUACCAAAUACUACCCACUCCAGCUGAAUUUAGGGAAAUUGGCUUGUUAUACAUUAUUCAAUGAAACAAAAGAAACCACGCUAGUAUUUGAUGGAUCAGUUGCAAGAAAAUAUCUCACACAAGACAUGAUGAAAUUCACCCUUCACUCAGGAAUUUUGUCAGAAAGUACAUCCAAGACACUUACAAAAAAAUUUAGUAAAGUAUCGUUUUCUCACAAAACAGUGCAAGAAUUCUUUGCCGCCAUAUUCAUAAGUUCUCAAAGUGACGCUCAGAAAACUGUUGUAGAAAAAUGUAGAAAUGUUCAAGACAUUCUGGACAUGUCAAAAAUUUGUGAAUUUAUAAGUAAAAUGAAUGAAAACCGGAUGUGUGCAAUAUCAAAUGAUUUGAUGUCUGUGAUAAGUGAAGACGUGAAAACACGCGACUAUAGAACUAGGACAGGUAUAGAGUACUCCAUAUACAAUAAUCCAUUGAAAAACAUACAGGAAAUGUUCAUGUCGUGUUUACAAGAAAUGCCUGAAAGUGAAAAUAUUCAAUUAUGUUUACAAGAUUUCUUCAUUGACGGGCGCACCGUGUACAGUAAGCUGUUACAACGUUUAUUAAAACAAAAUAAAACCAACAUAAAAUCACUUAAGAUAGACACCUUCAAUACUUCCAUCAGUUUACAACAUGACUGGCGCGGUGAUUGUAAGAGAUUGAACUUGGACUUGUCUCAACAUUCAUCUCUAUCAAAGUUAUACUUGGAUUAUUUACCUGGGAGGCUACAAUUAAAUAUAUCAACACCGUCAUUAGUUAAUGUUGAGCUGUACAACAUCAAUCUAGAUGAAGAAAGUUCAUUGUUACUGUCACGUGACAUGUUGAAUAUUAAACGUGUGGAGUUGAGGGAUAUAGAAAUGAAUGCAAGAAGUCUACAGAACUUUAUUAUCGUGUUGGAAAAUCUGCCGCAGUCGGUUACAGUAAAGAUGUACGACAUUAAACCGGAAACAGAAUAUGGCCGUGUUAGAGAAAAUAUUCGGAGAUCACAAACUUUUCAUGUGAUACGAGACGACUGGCAGAAGAACUUUGAGUUCAAAACAAUAAAACCAAGCAAAGAAUAG